AUGUCUUCUCCCAAGCAUGAGAAGCCGGAAGUGGUCUCCAUCUCACCCCUCCUCCAACGUCUGGCCUACCCCGCUACUGCCGAGAUUCGAGUCAGCGCAGAAGACAUUGCGUCCGCGUUCGCUCUGAUCUUUGAGGAUCGACUGUCAGACAUUCAGACCGCAGCCCUCCUGACCUUAUUGCACUCCACUGGGAAGGACAGGCAAGCGGAUGUUAUUGCGAAAUGCUCCCAUCGCAUGAGGGAAGCUGCUUGUCAGAUUGAGAAGACCGAGCUGAAGAAGAUUGUCAAAGCUCGUGGAAGACGCGAGGGAAACUAUCAGGGUGGUUUGUGCGAUAUCGUCGGAACCGGCGGAGAUUCACACUCAACCUUCAACGUCUCCACUACCUCGUCCAUUAUUGCCUCGCCGCUUUUGAUGACAGCCAAGCAUGGCAACCGUGCCCAGACUUCUUUCUCUGGAUCUGCCGAUGUCCUGAACGCAAUCCAGCCCAUUCCUCCGAGGAUCUCUGCGGUCGACGCGACCAAUGUGGCCAAGGUCUACGAGAAGACCAACUAUGCCUUCCUCUUCGCACCCAACUUCCACCCUGGUAUGAUGUAUGCCAACCCUGUCCGGCGAGGUUUGGGUCUGAGGACAAUCUUCAACCUUAUGGGACCUCUGGCCAACCCCAUCGAGUGGGCAAUUGAGGCACGACUGGUUGGCGUGGCUUACCAGAGCUUGGGUCCGGUCUUCGUCGAGGCUCUCAAACAGGCUGGUGCCAAGAAGGCACUGGUGGUCUGUGGUGAGGAGGACAUGGAUGAGAUCAGUUGCGCAGGCCCAACAAACUGCUGGAGGAUCUCAGAGUACCCCAAUCCGGCAUACAAGCCAUCUGAAGGUGACGAGGACGACUCCAGCGAUGAUGAUGAAGAGAACCCCAAGACACUGGUCAAGAUCGACACAUUCCAACUUCACCCCUCGGAUUUUGGCCUGCCCAUUCAUCCUCUCACCGAGGUCUAUGGUCGCAAGAUGCCGAAGGAUAACGCAGCUAAGCUGAUGAGCAUCCUUCGCAACGAGCUUCCUCGGGACGAUCCUAUUCUGGAGUUUGUCCUCAUGAACGUUGCCGCUUUGCUGGUCACCGCUGGGGUGUGCGAGGCUGAGACCAGCAACAUGGGUCCUGGCGACGAUGGAAAGGUCAUCACGGAGCGUGGACCCGGUGGAGGCCGCUGGAAGGAGGGACUUCGCCGCGCCCGCUGGGCGAUUGAGAGCGGCGAGGCUCUCAAGAGCCUGGAGCAGUUCAUUGAAGUCACGAACCAGCUUGAAUGA